UCCUAUCCACAUCAAAAACAUAUCCAACUUCUUAGCAUUCAACACCGUCCUAAAAAAUAUCACCGGACCCAAUGGUUACACCUGUUUUUUGUCAGGGACGAAACGGUGGUGGUGAAACGUCCGCGACUCGGAAAAAAUAUGCAUUUUCUGCAGGUGUUUGUUGGAGAUAAGGAAAAACCACCAGAAAUUAAGCCAAGAAAAAAAAAAUUAUUACAUUUAACUGAUAAUCAGUCUACAAGAUCUAGUUCUAAUAGUAGUGAGAGGAAUGGUUCAGAAUUAUCUUCUAUUAGUCAUACUUCAUCGCUACUAUCUCAUAGUUGGCAAAAAAUUGAAAAUGAAAAUAACAGACCUAUACCAGUACCUCGUCCUCGUUCAGUAUCAAGUAUUAAGUCCACAAGUACAAAUGGAUUUAGUGAAAGUAUAUCUAUUAAAAGUUCAACGUCAAAUAAGAACAAUGUAGAAAAUAGCCGAUCAGUAACACCUGAGAGUAAAAGUGAAAUCCAUAGACUUGAAAUUUGUGUUCAUCGAACAGAUGCAUUAAAAGUUGAUACAAGAAUAAAACAUCCAAGUGUUAUCAUUUAUAUUGUUGAUAUGUCUACUUGGGAAUAUUUUAAAAAAGAAGAUGUAAAUGCAACCAAUCAUGAAAAUACUUUUAUUGAUCCAAUUAGAACAAAAGAAUUUGAUUUCAAAUUUCACAAAAAAAUAAUACCAAAUUGGGAUGAAAAAAUAAUUUUUACUGAACAAUAUGAACAUAUAAUAACAGAAAAUACAGUAAUAUUAUUUGAGAUCGUAGACUUUUCCGGAAAUAUUCAUCCUCCAAUUGCAGUGAAUGAUUGGCAUCGAAUAGCUUGGGCAUUUAUUAAACCUAUCGGAUCAAAUGGAAUUGCAAACACAGGAAAACAAAUUAGAAUACAAUUAUAUAAACCUGGUCCAAAAUUAAAGGUUUUUCACAAAAAUCAGCCAUUGAUAGUACAUUGGUUGAAAAAAGGAAAACUUAAAAAAUAUCCAAGUACUCUUUAUAUUAGUUUAAAUAAAGGAAUAUACUCAGAAGUAAUGGAAUCUGAAAAUAAUCAACGUGAUUUUAUUUCAAAUAAAAGUUGUAGUUUACAAAAAAAAUUGAAUUCUUACUCGAUUAGCUCCAGUUUAGAAACGUGUCAAAGCUGUGAUAUUAAAUGGAAACGUUUUCCUGGUCAAAAAUGUAAAAUACCAAAUUCUGAAAUUGUGAAACUUCAACCCAAUUUAGAAGGAUGUAUGUACUUGAAAUUUAGUUAUGAUGGAUUAAAGCUCGCAGUUGCAACUGGAAAAUAUGUAUGUAUCUAUUCAGUACCAGAAUACAAAUUACUCAAACAGUUAAUUGGUCAUCAAGGUUUAAUAUACACAAUAAGGUGGAAUAAUGACAAUAAUAAUUUAAUAACUACUUCUUCAGAUUAUACUGCAUGUGUAUGGACAUUAAAAAACAAUAAUCAAACAGACUUCCAAAUUCUUCCACAUCCAUCAUAUGUAUAUUGUGCUGAAUACCAUAAUGAUGUAAUAAUAACCGGAUGUUAUGAUAGUAUAUUACGAUUAUGGACUUCCACUUGUAGUAAAUGGACACUUUGCCAAGAGAUAGAAUUACAUAAAGGUUUUAUAACUAGUAUUGCUCAAUUAAACAGUAUGGUACUUUCAGCCGAUAGCCAUGGGAUGAUUAUUGAUUGGACACUCAUAAAUAAUAGACUAGAAGUAAGAAGAAUUAUAUCAGUACCAGAAAUAAGACAAGUAAUAAUUAGCAACAUAAUUCUACAUCCAGCAGGUAAACGAUUAUUAAUUCAGACUAGAGAUAGUAUUUUACGCAUGAUGGAUUUAUAUACAACUGCAAUUAUACAGUGGUUUAGGGGUGGGGUGAACAACAAAGUACAAACAGGAUGUGUUUUAAGUCCUUGUGGUAAUCUUGUGUUUAGUUGUGGUGAAGACGGUCUUGUUAAUGUUUGGGAGGCAUAUACUGCUAAGCAGUUAGCCUUUUAUACUAAUCGACAAAACUUAUUAUCAGCUACUAGUGGUGCAGUUGAUUAUCAUCCUUAUGAUCAUAUUAUAGUAUUUGGGGUAUACACUCCAAGUAAAAGUUCACCAAUAUAUAUUGCUCAAUAUAAAAAAGACAAAGAAACAGAUAUAGGUUUGAGAUUUUUAAUUCCAACAGAGCACAAACAAAAAAUAUUUGGAAAUAUUAACUAUCAGAAAACAGACGAAGGAUGUUUAAAUAAAUUUAAAGCAAACCAAAGUGAUAACCAACGAGUGAUACCUUUAGUCAAUAUUAUAAAGAAAAUGGAUAAUGUUUUAAAUUCAUAUAAAACUAAUGAACUAACUGUAACAAAACUGUAGGUAUCUAAUGCUCAAAUUAAAAUAAUACAAGUAUUUCAUGU